UUCCUCCAGCAGUACCACCACUACCAGUCCCAUGUGGAGAUUUUCACCUUCCAGCCGGACAAGCCCAGUAAGGAGCUGGCCGAACUGGUCAUGUUCCUGGCCCAGGUUGCCCACUGCUACCCGGAGCACAUGGCCAGCUUUCCGCAGCAGCUGAAGGAGCUGCUCUCCUACCACCACACGGUCCUGGAUCCAGACCUGCGCAUGACCUUCUGUAAGGCUUUGAUCUUGUUAAGGAACAAAAAUCUAAUAAAUGCAACGAGUUUGCUGGAGCUGUUCUUUCAGCUGCUACGGUGUCACGAUAAGCUUCUACGCCAGACUUUGUAUACGCACAUCGUGACAGACAUCAAGAAUGUCAAUGCUAAACACAAGAACAAUAAAGUAAACACAACCCUGCAGAACUUCAUGUACACAAUGUUGAGAGACAGCAAUCCCACUGCGGCAAAGAUAUCUCUGGAUGUGAUGAUUGAACUUUACCGAAGGAAUAUUUGGAAUGAUGCCAAAACAGUAAAUGUCAUCACAACUGGCUGCUUUUCAAAAGUGACGAAGGUGUUAGUUGCCAGUUUAAAGUUCUUCAUUGGGCGAGAUGAAGAUGAGAAGAAAGACAGUGACUCGGAAUCUGAGGAUGAUCUUCCCACAGCCAGAGAUCUGAUGAUUCGGUACGCAACAAACAAGAAAACCACCAAGCGCAAGAAGAAACUGGAAAAAGCGAUGAAGGUUCUCAAGAAACAAAAGAAGAAAAGCAAGCCAGAAGUGUUCAACUUUUCUGCUAUUCACUUGAUUCAUGAUCCCCAAGACUUUGCAGAGAAACUGCUGAAGCAGCUGGAGAACUGUAAGGAACGAUUUGAAGUGAAGAUGAUGCUCAUGGACUUAAUAUCUCGGCUAGUUGGAAUACAUGAGCUUUUUCUCUUUAAUUUCUACCCCUUCAUCCAGAGAUUCCUACAGCCCCAU